UAGGCGAAAAUCUCAGACUGGAGGGGAACGCGCUGCGAGGAAACCCGAGUGUCCGCCAAUCAGGAGACUCCUUCCAACUCUGGCCAAUUGCCUGAGAGAGGUCUUAACUUGGUUACCAGUCUGGAAACUACGUCGUGUGUGCUCGGAACGCGCGCGAUCGCGAGGCUCAACCCCAGGAGGGUGGGCGAUUACUCGCUGCCUAAGUACGUGGGGCGCUUUACCUAGGGAUGCGAUCUCACAGUACAAACCUUUUUACAAAUAGUCUCGAGUUUGUAGAAAAGAGACCCGGUACCUUAUAGAGAAGCCGCCGCGGAGACCGACUUAAGUUCAGAUUCGGCUUCCAGCACUUCGCAGCGUAGGGGCCUGGAGACCACAGAUUACACUAGGCUGGUGGAUUUGGGAGCCCAAGGUCCUGUCUCUGUCGCCCCAGCUCUGGAAUUUCAGGCGGUUGUUGCCGCAGUUGCUGCUAUGGGUGGAAUUCAAGGUCUCCUGUUUAUACAGCAAGUAUGCAAAGAAGCCUGUUUGUCCUGAUGUCUUCAGAGAUACUAUGGAUCAGUCCGGAGUUCUCCUCUGGGUAAAGGCGGAACCUUUUAUAGUGGGUGCCUUGCAAGUGCCACCUCCAUCCAAAUUCAGUCUUCACUACCUCAGGAAGAUAGCAGCCUAUGUGCGGACUCGGGCUACAGAAGGCGCCUACCCGCGCCUGUACUGGGCUACAUGGAGACACAUUGCAUGUGGAAAACUGCAGCUGGCCAAGGAGCUGGCAUGGCUUUACUUUGAAAUAUUUGAUAAUCUUUCGGUGAAGACACCCGAGGAACGCCUGGAAUGGUCUGAAAUUUUGUCCAACUGCAUGACCGAAGAUGAAGUUGAAAAACAAAGAAAUCAGCUUUCUGUGGACACCCUGCAGUUUCUGCUCUUCUUGUACAUCCAGCAGUUAAACAAGCUCUCCCUGCGGACGUCCUUGAUUGGGGAAGAGUGGCCAGGUCCCAGAAGCAGACCUCAGUCUCCUAGCCUCACUGAAAGGCCCAGUUGUCACAACAAGAAUUGGAAUGACUACAGUCACCAGGCUUUCGUCUGUGACCAUCUGCUGGAUCUCCUCGAGCUGCUUCUAGAGCCAGAACAACUUACUGCGUCCUUCCACUCAACCCACAGUAGUGUAGUCUCUCGAGAAGCCGUCCUGGCCCUCAGCUUCCUCAUCGAAGGCACUGUAAGCAGAACCAGGAAGGUCUAUCCUCUUCAUGAACUUGCACUGUGGCAACCGCUGCAUGCAGACAGUGGCUUCUCGAAGAUCUCCAAGACAUUCUCUUUCUACAAGCUGGAAGCCUGGUUGCGAGCCUGUUUGACUGCAAAUCCAUUUGGCCCAUCUGCUUGCCUCAAGUCUGGAAAGAAAUUGGCUUGGGCUCACCAAGUUGAAGGUGCAACCAAAAGAGCUAAGAUUGCUUGCAAUACUCACGUGGCCCCUCGGCUGCACCGCAUGGUGGUGAUGAGCCAGGUUUACAAGCAGACGCUGGCCAAGAGCUCAGACACUCUAGUGGGAGCACAUAUCAGGGCUCAUUGCUGCAAUGAGUCUUUCAUAUAUCUGCUCUCCCCCUUGCGAUCUGUGACAAUUGAAAAAUGCAGGAAUACCACCUUUGUGUUGGGUCCUGUGGAGACCGCCCUUCACCUCCAAGACUGUGAGAAUCUGAAAGUCAUUGCUGUUUGCCAUCGACUGUCCAUCUCUUCUACAACAGCUUGCACUUUUCACGUGAUGACGCCUUCACGUCCACUUAUUCUCUCUGGGAACCAGAAUGUGACUUUUGCCCCAUUCCAUACCCAUUACCCAAUGCUGGAGGACCAUAUGGCCAGGACUGGCCUUGCUACAGUUCCUAACUACUGGGAUAACCCAAUGGUUGUGUGCAGAGAAGGCAGUGACACAAGAGUCUUCCGGCUCUUGCCACCUAGUGAAUUCUACAUAUUUAUUAUUCCCUUUGAGAUGGAAGGGGACACGGCAGAGAUACCAGGGGGUCUCCCCUCUGCUUACCAGAAAGUGCUGGCUCAGAGAGAGCGGAAGAUACAGAUCUGGCAGAAAACUGUGAAGGAGGCUCGGCUGACUAAGGAGCAGAGGAAGCAGUUCCAGGUCUUCGUGGAGAACAAGUUCUAUGAAUGGUUGAUUAAUACAGGACAUCGGCAACAGCUGGACAGCCUCGUUCCACACGCAGCAGCCUCCAAACAAGAGCCUGGAUAGGACCCCAUGCAGAACCACUGGGCUCUGGAAACAUGAGGAGUAGUGGAAGAUGGUGCCCAAUGAAGACUUCAUUGGAAAGGCACCCUUGCUGCCUGCGAGACCUCAAGAUUUUUCCAUCUGUUUAACUCCUUUUGUUGGUUCCUGUUCUUCACUUACUUAGGUCGAACUUUAGCUUCUGACUUUCAUAGAAACAUCUUAACCUGUAGAAGGUUAUAAGACUCACAUGUGUCGGGCCGAAAGGGAACCCCAGGCAAGGCAGAUUUCUGUAUGCGUUAGUGUCUAAGUGACCAAGUACAGGCUCACAAGCUGACUUCAUAUUUUAGUUUGUAUGAUGAAAGGGUUUGUCCUAGGUAGAAAAGUUAGCCAGGUGUAGUGGCACAUGCCUGAUCGCAGCAUUCAGGAGGCACAGUCAGGCAGAUCUCUGUGAGUUCCAGGCCAGCCUGGUCUACAUGGUGAGGACCCUGUGUCUCACAAAACAAAACAAGAGUUGUAUGUUCUUUGCAACUAUUUAAAAGGAAACUGCUGCUCCUUUUUUAAAAAGAGUGACAGUAUGGUCAGUUGGUGUAUAAAUAUAGCAGAGAUAGUUUUAUAAAAUGGUAUUUUAGGCCUUAAAGUAUAAAGCACAUAUGAAAUUGUGUAAAGUUUUUUAUUUUUUAUUUUCUGCUUCAAAUUUCAAUAAACUCUAAAAAGCAA